UGUCCCCUCACUACGAGGUACCUGAAAAACAAAAGGAGGCCAGCCAGGCACAUAUGCUGCAGUCUCCUGUUUCUUCAGAAGAUCAAGCACUUUUACAGUCAGUAAUAGCUGGCGAUAAUCUAAGAUUCAUAGAAUGCUGUAAAAAAGGAGCUAAUCUGUUAAUCCGGGGACCUGAUCACUGUUCCUUGCUUCAUCAUGCAGCCAAGACUGGGCAUGGUGAGAUUGUGAAAUACAUUCUAGACCAUGGUCCUUCUGAGUUACUGGAUAUGACAGAUAUCGAAACGGGUGAGACAGCAUUGCACAAGGCAGCUUGCCAACGCCACCAUGGCAUCUGCCAGCUGCUCGUAGAGGCAGGAGCGUCGUUGAGGAAAAUGGACUCCAAGGGUAAGACACCUCGAGACAGGGCCCAGCAGGCUGGGGAUCCAGAUUUAGCCUCCUACUUGGAGAGUCAUCAGAAUUACCCAGUAGUGCCCCAUGAGGAUCUAGAGACUGCCGUGUGAUCUCUGUGGUGCACAAGAGAAAACUCGAGGAAGUGACAAAGCUGCACCUGAGGUACUCUUGAGGUGUCAUGUGAGGAAGAAGCAAAUGGAACCACCAGUCUCUCGCUCUCGUACAAACUCUGAGAAGAAGCCACAUGUUUCUAAGGGCUACGGAGACUUGCCACGGAACUCUUGUGUUCCCACAUGUCAGCUUGUAGGGAUAAAGGAGGAGACUCAAAGGUCUGGGGAAUCCCUAGGCCAAGGAAAUGUAUUCUCACUGCUCUCCCCAAGUAGCAUGAAUGUCUCCCGUGUUCCUCUUGUAGAAUCUGUUUGAAUAAACAACAGCAACAAAAAGUGUGGGGGAAGAAACAAAAUAACAUGAAUAUUCAUAAUCCAACCAAACAUUUCUGUUCCCUCAACUCUUGCCAUGAAACUCUUGUGUUUCCUGUUCUCUAUUUCCUUCACUUUCAUGCUCUAUAUUCCUCCUUCAGAUGCUAUGUUGCACAUCAGUAAACCAGCGUCUGUCUAUUUGUGCUAAAUUUUCAUCAUUCUGGAUCAACUCUGUAUCAAAUCAACUCUGUGAAAAGGGCCCUGAAAUGCUCGUUGCAAAACCGGAUUUUUAAAUAAUGAAUUCUCACUUCAUAUUCCCUCCAAGAAUGCAUUAUUACAUCAUGCUUCUUGUUCUGAACUCAUUUCCCCCCACCUUCCUUGACUAUACAUCAAGCCUGUCACAGAAUCAAUCACACAGAAGGAGAGUUAUUUUAUUAUGUUUAUAAAUACAAAUGGUGAUGUGUGAAUAUAGGCCACAGAGAAACAGAUCAGGUGGUAGGGAAGUGAUAAAUGUCUCUCAGAAUAUAUGUGAGUUUUACUCAAAUUCCAGAGUGAAACAUACAUAGAUUUGUUUCAGACUUUAGGUUUGGUGAUAACCUAUGAGUGUCCCAAAUUCUCAGAAUAAACUGCGCACCUUAGAGUCACUUUCAUGACCAUUCUAGUGAGAUAUCUUGGUUCCCUCUUUAUUGACGUCCUGAUCACAACUACCUACAGUAG